AUGCAGAUUUCUAAGAGAAGCCCUCUAAUAAAGCUGACUCCGUUUUUUGAUGGUCAAAAUCUUCGUGUCGGAGGUCUCUUAAAGCACUCUCUUCUAAUUUAUGGUGAGAAGCAUCCACUGAUUCUAUGUCCUGAGUCUGUUCUCACAACUCUUAUCAUCCGCGACUGUCACCUUCGCUGUCUUCAUGGGGACGCCCAACUGACCCUUGGAACAAACAGUGGUAAUAGGCAGCAACAGCUGAUGAGCGACCUCUCGUCCAUCCGCAUUACUCCACCUGAACGAGCAUUCAUGAACACUGGGGUAGACUAUGCUGGCCCCAUCUAUGUUUGCACCUUCACAGGACGAGGUCACCAUUCCCACAAAGCCUGGAUUUGGAUUUUCGUCUGUUGUGCCUCCCGCUCAGUUCACCUCAAGUUGGUUUCUGAUUAUGCUGCAGAAGCCUUCAUAGUUGAUUAUGUUCUCUUCAUUUCUUAA